AUGAUACGGAUAAGUAUUGGUGAAGAUGUUCCUGUUCCUGUUCCUGUGGCAUCAAACUUAUCAGAUUUGGUGGAAAUUAAACUAGCAGCCACUGAUCCAAAUCAAACUGUUGACCCAAGUAUCUUAUUAGCAACAGCCACGGCUGCAUCAACUUCGAUAAUAACGGGUGGGGGAAAUGGGAAUGCCAUGACUGAUACCAGUAAUAUCUUGAAAUUAACUAUUGUUAAUCCUACAACUCCAAAUAUACCAACUGGAGGUGAAACUACCACUACAUCAACCACUAAAACAUCAACUUAUCAUGAAACUACAGGAAUUACCACCACUGUUUCAGAAGAUUCUUAUGAUCAAAGUUUAUUUAAAUUGAUAUUAACCGUUCAAGAAGGGGAUUCGUAUUAUAAUGCUGGUUUCCAAGUCGGUACUAAUUCAUCUUCUGGUAAAAAUGCCGUUGAUUUAAGAUUGGAUUUAAUUCAACCUGAAUUAUGGGUUAUGAAUGGGAAUGAUUUUUAUGAUUGUAAUUUCAUUAAUUCAUGGUUUUCAUCCGAAGAAGUAGUUUAUAAUUCAACUUCAGUAUAUCCUGCUGCCGUAACUACGGAACCAGAAUAUAUCGCUACUGUUUGUGGUCAAGGUGGAUUAUAUUUCACUCCAACUCCUUCUGCUUCAGAUGAUCUGAUUGUAUUACCAACUGCAACUAUCGAAGGUGUUAAAAAUGGUAAUCCAUAUGUUAUCCCUUAUAUGAAUGUAAUUGAAGCUACUGGUGUAUUUGAAACUGAUGAUAUUUAUUUCAAUACUACUAAUAAUCAUCAAGUGGUAUUAUCAAAUUUCACAUUUAUAAAUGUUAAUGAUACUAAUAUGUAUUUUGGAGGAUUAGGUUUAGCAGGUUUACCUCAAGGUAGUGGAUUCCUUUAUACAUUAACCUCAUUAGGAAUCAUUCAAUCCCCUUCGUAUUCAUUAUGGUUUAAUAAUUGUACAGAAGGUACAGGUGAAUCAUUUGGAGAAUUACUUCCUGGAGUUAUAGAUCAAAAAUAUUAUUCCGGUGAUCUUUAUGCAUUUGAAAUCCCUGAUCAUUCCGGUAUAAGAUUCCCCUCCGAUAAUAAUCUUGAUAUAUUUUCAAAUACAGCUUUAAAAGACUUAGUAUUACCUAUUUUACAAUUAGAUGAUUUAUUAGUGGAAAAUCAAUUAAAUGGUGAAACUAUUUCUUUAUUAUCAACUCCAGGCGAUUCAAUCGCUUUAAUUCUUGAUUCAAGAUCAUCGUAUAAUUAUAUCCCCUUGGAUAUGAUUGUUAAUUUAGCCAUUCAAACUAAUGCUUAUUAUAGUAAUGAAGCUGAAAGAUGGAUAGUUCAAUGUGAUGUGAUAACCGGUUCUCAAGCCACAUUAAAUUUCAUAUUUGGAGGUUUAGAAGUUCCAAUCCCCUUACAAGAUUUCAUAGUUGAUGCUAAUUAUUAUGGAAAAACUUUAAAAUUUAGUAAUGGAGAAAAAGCAUGUUAUUUAACCUUUUUACCAUCAUCAUUAAAUGGAUUUAAUUCAUUAGGUUUACCAUUCAUAACUAAUAUUUAUCUUGCCGUGGAUAAUGCUGGGAAAUCAAUUGCAUUAGCUAAUGCUAAUAGAAAUCUUCAAGUUAGUAAAAGUGCUUUAGAACCCACUGGUAAAGUUCAACCAUUCACGAUUCCAACUUCAACUGCUGCGUUAUCGAUAUCAACUUUAAAUCAAACCAACGUUAGUGCCACACUUGUGGUGGCCCAUCUGUCAAUUGGAUACAUUCAAUCGGGAUUCAUUCCAUUCGCUAUCUCUCAAUCCUAUGCUCCUGAUGUGACUUUAACUUAUUCCUCGAUUGAUGGAUCAGAAGAAUCUGGAGUUGGGGUUAAUUUAGAUAUCCCAGCUCGAUUCUCUGGGGCCGUGAUUCGAAGUGGGGAAAUCAUUAUUACUGCUGGUGCAACUAAUUCCUUAGCUUCUAAUACUACAACUUUAUUACCGGGUGUGGCUAGUGCUGCUAGUGAGAAUGCCACUACUAGUAAAAAUGGAGGAAAUUCAUUUAAGAGUAAAUCAAUGUUGAUUAAUGGUACCGAUCCUGACUUUAAACAAAUAUUCUUCAUACUAUCUUUGCUUCUUAUAAGUAUUUGUAUUUUAUAA